AGCAGGAAGCUCGCGCCGCUGCGCUGCUGAGCUCCCGGCGCGUCCAGACCCGCUGAGCCCGGCGCGCCAUCCCCGACCCGGCGUCCCUCCCGCGAGGACAGUGACCCCGCCGCUCCGCCCGCCGCUCCGCCCGCUUCCUGCACCUGGCACCCCGGCCAGGGCCCGGGAGAAAGCCGCCCGCCCUCGCCCCGGCCCGCAGCGCUCCCGCCUCGCGCGCCAUGCAAGCCCCAGAACCGCAGCCGGACCCCGACGGAGGGGACGCCCUGGGCCCCGAGCCGGGGGGCAGCCCCCAGGAGGAGCUGGACUUCUCCAUCCUCUUCAACUAUGACUAUCUGAACCCCCUCGAAGAAGAACCGAAUGCACAUAAGGUCGCCAGCCCACACUCCGGACUUGCAUACCAUGACGAUGUCCUGGACUAUGGCCUCAAGCCAUACAACCCCCUCGCCAGUCUCUCUGGCGAGUCCCCCGGCCGAUUCGGAGAGCCGGAUAGGGUAGGGCCCCAGAACUUUCUGAGCCCGGCCAAGCCAGCGGGGGCCUCGGGCCUGAGCCCUCGGAUCGAGAUCACUCCGUCCCACGAACUGAUGCAGGCAGGGGGGGGCCUCCGCAUGAGAGACACUGGCCUCCUGGGGGAGCAGGCGCCCCUGGCGGGGGCGGCCGCCAGCCCGAGGUUCACCCUGCCCGUGCCCGGCUUCGAGGGCUACCGCGAACAGCCGCUUUGCUUGAGCCCCGCUAGCAGCGGCUCCUCUGCCAGCUUCAUUUCCGACACCUUCUCCCCCUACACCUCGCCCUGCGUCUCGCCCAAUAACGGCGGGCCCGACGACCUGUGUCCCCAGUUUCAAAACAUCCCUGCUCAUUAUUCCCCCAGAACCUCGCCAAUAAUGUCACCUCGAACCAGCCUCGCUGAGGACAGCUGCCUGGGCCGCCACUCGCCCGUGCCCCGUCCGGCCUCCCGCUCCUCGUCGCCUGGUGCCAAGAGGAGGCAUUCGUGUGCUGGGGCCUUGGUUGCCCCGCUGCCCGGAGCCUCACCCCAGCACUCCCGCAGCCCCUCACCGCAGCCCCAGGACGACGGCGCCCCCGCUGGGUACCCCCCAACGGCUGGCUCUGCCGUCCUCAUGGAUGCUCUGAACAGCCUCGCCCCGGACUCGCCUUGUGGGAUCCCCCCCAAGAUGUGGAAGACCAGCCCCGCCCCGUCACCGGUGUCUGCCGCCCAGCCCAAGGCCGGCCUGCCCCGCCACAUCUACCCGGCCAUGGAGUUCCUGGGGCCCUGCGAGCAGGAGGAGAGGAGGAACUCGGCCCCCGAGUCCAUCUUGCUGAUGCCCCCGACGUGGCCCAAGCCGCUGGUGCCCGCUAUUCCCAUCUGCAGUAUCCCAGUGACUGCAUCCCUUCCUCCACUCGAAUGGCCACUCUCCCACCAGUCAGGCUCCUAUGAGCUUCGGAUUGAGGUGCAGCCCAAACCACAUCACCGGGCCCACUAUGAGACAGAAGGCAGCCGAGGGGCUGUCAAAGCUCCAACUGGUGGCCACCCUGUAGUUCAGCUGCAUGGCUACAUGGAGAACAAGCCGCUGGGGCUUCAGAUCUUCAUCGGGACGGCCGACGAGCGGAUCCUUAAGCCCCACGCCUUCUACCAGGUGCACCGGAUCACGGGAAAAACCGUCACCACCACCAGCUAUGAGAAGAUCGUCGGCAACACCAAAGUCCUGGAGAUCCCGCUGGAGCCAAAAAACAACAUGAGGGCGACCAUCGACUGUGCGGGCAUCCUGAAGCUGAGGAACGCUGACAUCGAGCUGCGCAAAGGCGAGACGGACAUCGGCAGGAAGAACACGCGGGUGAGGCUGGUGUUCCGGGUGCACAUUCCCGAGGCCAGUGGGAGGAUCGUCUCCCUGCAGACGGCGUCGAACCCCAUCGAGUGCUCCCAGCGAUCCGCCCACGAGCUGCCCAUGGUGGAGAGACAAGACAUCGACAGCUGCCUGGUGUACGGGGGCCAGCAGAUGAUCCUCACGGGCCAGAACUUCACGGCCGAGUCCAAGGUCGUGUUCACGGAGAAGACCACAGAUGGGCAGCAGAUCUGGGAGAUGGAGGCCACCGUGGAUAAAGACAAGAGCCAGCCUAACAUGCUUUUUGUGGAGAUCCCCGAGUACCGGAACAAGCACGUCCGCACGUCGGUGAAGGUGAACUUCUACGUCAUCAACGGGAAGAGAAAACGAAGUCAGCCUCAGCACUUUACCUACCACCCAGUCCCAGCCAUCAAGACAGAGCCCACGGAUGAAUAUGACCCCACCUUGAUCUGCAGUCCCGCCCACGGGGGCCUGGGGAGCCAGCCUUACUACCCACAGCACCCCAGGGUGGCCGAGUCCCCCUCCUGCCUCGUGGCCACCAUGGCUCCCUGCCAGCAAUUCCGCUCGGGGCUCUCGUCCCCCGAUGCCCGCUACCAGCAGCAGAACCCAGCGGCUGUCCUGUACCAACGGAGCAAGAGCCUGAGCCCCAGCCUGCUGGGCUACCAGCAGCCAGCCCUCAUGGCCACACCCCUGUCCCUCGAUGCCCACCGCUCUGUGCUGGUGCAUGCCGGCUCCCAGGGCCAAAGCCCGGCCCUGCUGCACUCCUCUCCCGCCAACCAGCAGGCCUCGCCGGUGAUCCACUACUCACCUACCAACCAGCAGCUGCGCUGCGGGAGCAACCAGGAGUUCCAGCACAUCAUGUACUGCGAGAAUUUCGCACCCGGCACAGCCAGGCCCGGCCCACCCCCCGUCAGUCAAGGUCAGAGGCUGAGCCCGGGGUCCUACCCCACGGUCAUUCAGCAGCAGAAUGCCACAAGCCAAAGAGCCGCCAAAAACGGACCCCCGGUCAGUGACCAAAAGGAAGUAUUACCUGCAGGAGUGACAAUUAAACAGGAACAGAACUUGGAUCAGACCUACUUGGAUGACGAGCUGAUAGACACACCCCUUAGCUGGAUACAAAACAUAUUAUGAAACAGAAUGACUGUGAUCUUUGAUCCGAGAAAUCAAAGUUAAAGUUAACGAAAUCAUCAGGAAGGAGUUUUCAGGACCUCCCACCAGAAAUCAGACGUAGAAGAAGCCAUUAGCAAGACACCUUCCGUACCUGUCCCCUCGGAGCCCUCCACGCCCCUCCCGUCUUCCUGAGGGUCCCGCCCGCCCGGAGUCCCACGCGGGCAGCACUCCUCCUGGCAGGCAGCCGACUCAUCCAGGAGCUCGCCACCUCUCUCCGGAAACACAGCGAGGACGCUCUGCCUUUUGAUUUUUUUAUUUUUUUGUCUUAAAUCCCAAAGAGCAUCUCGGUGGACUUUAAUGGUGUCCCGUCCAAACCUGAAGUGCCUGCUGACCAAAACCAAAUUCUGAUCAAGACAGCACGCCGGACCGCACCUGAGAGCGGGUGACGAGCUCACGGCACGGCUGGUGGGGGAUGGAAGGCGCAGCCCUGAGGUUAAACCCCCGUCCUCGACUCAUUUCCCAGCUCCGCACCUUCCGGAAGAGAGGAGUUCCCAAACGGAACAGGCAAAGGAAUGUGGCCCAAGCGUCCAGCUCACAGGCUGGAGAAACAGAGGCCAGCCCGUCGUCCUUAGGGCCGCCCGGGCGUGCCACAGCGGGGCCACGGCUAACACGUAUUCUUAAAUUCUCAUCCGAAGCAAAACUGCCUGGCCCCGACAAGAUCCCCCGUUAGAACUUCUUGGAGUUAAGUUAUGACAUGUAUGCGUUUUCCCUGCUUCAUAAGGCUGGCCGAGGUGGCUGGAGGUGGCGCCGCCCUGGCCAGCAGCCCCCGCCCUUGCAGCGCGCCCCGGACUGGAGAAGGUGACCCCAGCUGCAGAGUGAGUGCCCUGGUUGCAGCCACAACCUAACGGCUCUGCAAUGACCCUACUUGCUUUCUUCCUAACAGCCAGAGUGCUUUCCCAUCAAGGCGUUAAGAGAACCCACGCAUGUGCAUUGCAUUUUCAGGAGGAAUGGCACAGGGCUAAAGCAACUCCCCCUUCCCCCCCACAAAAAAAAGCACAGGUAUUUUUGUGAAGCGGUUGUGAAAAGAGGCAGUUGGCAGGCCUGAGUGAGUGGGCUCCCCAUAGCAGGGGGAAAGGGCCGAAUUCCCUCUUUCUGGCCUAGACUCCAAGUGGGACACGCAAGCUCAGGAUUUGGCCCUGAAGGUCAUUGGUUAUUUUGACCUGAACCUAUUGAAAGCCCCACUCAGCCCCAAAGACCUUUCUGCACAGCUGCCUCCUCCAGCACAGGACUCAUCUGAGUAGGGCUGGCCCACCCACGGUGCACCCUUAGGUAUGCAUGGCCCCGCCCUCUCGUUUCUCUCCCCUGAGCACAUCCAGGGUCCUCCAGCACCUCCCUCCUUUGGUGCAAUUUUGCCAACAAAACUCUCAAAGUUCUUAGCAGGUGAGUUUUUAUCACAAAGAUGUAUUUUGUUUGCAUUUCCUGCAGACACCCCAGGACGCGCCGGGGGUUCGUUCUCAGCCACUCAGUGGCUUCCCUAGUAACCGACAGUGAGUGUAUGCCUGGCACUCUGCGAGAGGCUGUGCUCCAGAGAUUUCCGAUCAAGUCCGCUAGGUAGAGGGGAUCACGGCAGGUGAGGGUCCCCUGUGGGUUUUCUCAGUGCUGGCUUUCUCAUCGAGGUUCCCCAGAGGUCACACCUCCCUGGGAGCCGGGCCCGGAGUGCAGGACUUGGUGACCAUGGCCCGGUGUGUUUGGUGCCCCAGAAAGAGGACAGAAUGCCCAGGUUGGGCCUUUGCACCCUCCUGUCUAUCACCUUUUGCUCAAGAUAACCUUUGACCCCAAGGGCAGAGGCCCACGCCUCCACCCACCCAAGCACAAAGUUUAGCAAAAAUCCUUUGAAACAGACAGAAUGCCAGUAAGAAGGCGACCGCUGCUGCAAAGCUUCGGGGAUGCAGAAUUCUUCCUAAUAGAGAUCCUUCCACAAGCAGCUCUACCCAAAGACCUUUCUCGCCAGCAACGCUGACUUCACCGGGAAGAGUUCGAGUGUGCGGCGAGUGACAUGCUCUCGCGGACCUGGCCGGGAGCCACUUCUUUUGCACAUGAGGAAAUUUGGCCUUUCCUCAGUUACCUGAAUGUCUUACCCAAGUGCCUUCCUGCUAUUGUAGCAAAGUCGCCCGGCUUCCCUGAGCAUGGGGUGAAAAAGGACUAAUGCGUUUUCCAUCCAUCUUCUAACCAUGUUAGUGGCAAGGGCCUCCUGUGAGUUCAGACCCCUGUAUGUACACGUGUGUGUGUGUGUGUGUGUGUGUGUGUGUGUGUUAUACACACACAAACUCUCUUUUUCUAAGACAUCUUAGCUGGAUAUUAUAGGAAGCAUUUCCAUAAAACAACGAUCCCAGACAGCAAAGGAAAGAGAAGCAAGGGCGUUCGUUUUGAGACAUAAAUAGGCAAGCAAACAUGCUAUUAGGAGCCGACAGCUAUGGAGAAAGUUUUGUCAGUUAACAGAUGCCGGAGGAAAUUUUGCCAAGAGUAAUUGCUCACGAACUACUUUCAGGGUGGGAAGAGGCCGCCGCGUCCUCUAAGAGAAGGAGAAAGCAGGGACGUCUAAGUGGUGAAGGGGUGUGUGUUGCCCAUGUGUUAGAAGGACCUCGGUGAGGUGGACGUUUGCACUUGCUACUUUCAAGGUCAGUGCGACAGGUAGCACUUCUAGCAGAGACCUACCGUGUUGCUGAAUGUAGUCUAUCUCCAAAGUUUGCCAGUCUUCCCGCGUUGUACAAAAAUACUGCUGCUUGAUAAUAUAUAAUAGCGAUCCAAAUUAGUAUGUCAUUAAAUUUUAUUUUCUUAUCUGUA